ACAUGACAGGAGUCACGUGAGCCGUGUGGCUGAAACAUGGCGGAUGUCGAAACAACCAAAUCUUUGAACGGUUUGCUGAAUGGAAUAGCACAAAUAGUGUAUUAUAAUAAUGCUGAAAUAACGGAGGAACUUUUGAAAAAUGAACUUUAUCCAGACUUAACGCAGGAGGAGUUUUGCGCGAUGCAUGAAAAGAUGAAAGGUCUUUUAAAGUCCAUUGCCACUGCAAACAUGGACCAGGCCCAGCUGGAAGCCUUCCUGACUGCCCAGACCAGGAAGCAGGGCACGGGGAGUGUGAGCGCCGAGCAGGCGGCCGCCCUCUCCCGGUUCUGGAAGAGCCAUCGGGCCCGGGUGAGGGAGAGCCUGCUGGGCCAGAGCCGCUGGGAGCCCGGCCUGAAGGGCCUCACCUGGAGGGUGGACCUCCAGACCUCGGCCAGCAGAGGGGGUGCCGCCAACAUUCCCGUGGCCCUGGUGGAGCUGGAACUGGGCAGGGCUGGAGAGGACUCAGACUUUGUGUGUCUGGAGUUUGACGAGGCGAAGGUGAACCAGGUGUUGAAGAAGAUGGCUGAGAUCCAGGAGAGCAUCAACACCAUCGUACACCGCAGCUAGGGUCUAAAUGUGUGUGCGAGUGAUAGAAAGAGAGGAACGUCCCCAUUUCCCUUCAUUCUAUGACUUGGACAGAAAACAUUAGCCUGCCACAUCAGACAGGACAAAUAUGCCUUAUAGAUGUAUCUUUAAACUUGUAUUUACUGUACACACUGGCUAGUUAGGACUUACUAAGAAAUGAUCUGUUUAAUCUAACAUUGGCCUUAUUUACUCCAAAGGGGAUAUUGUUCCAUCACUGCUAGAGGAGAAAACAUGCUGGUUUUUUUUGUGGUCCGGGAAGGAAGACUUCUUUUCACGUACAGAACCUACACUACUGUUAUGCUUGAUUUUACGAUUAGUGCAAUGUCCAUUUUGUACGUACCCUUUGCCAUUCCAGACAGUGACACGUUGAUAUUUUCAGUUUAAGCCUAGUAAACUUCACAUCCCCUUGCUUAAUGUUGGGCAGACAACUUGUACAAUAUCGUUGUUCCCAAAUGAGCUGCUUCUUUCCACACUAUUACUGUCAUGAAUUUCCUUCUGGGGGAAAUGUGCUUCACAGCUCCUUGAAACAUUCUGACUGCCUGACCUGGUCUAGACUUUCAACACUGGGCACAGGCCAGGGGUGUAGGAUAUUGGGUGAGGUGAGACAUUCACAACAUUGCAAAUAGAACUGACAAGAUUUGCUGUUCUACAUGACAGGCAAGACUAUCUGUUCUACGUACAACAUAUUCAGGGAGUUGUUUUGCAUGGUUGCACCAUCCUGGACAGGCCUACGUGCCGUCCCAAUUGGCCCAAUGGCUUACAUAUCCUUAUUUUCUUGUCUCAUUUAUUUUGGGUUGAUUUGAAAGACUUGAUUUGUUGAAAAGUAAAAAAUGAUGGAAAUGUAUCUGGUCCUUCGAACUGUCAGUGGUUAUGAAAGAGGAAAAAAAAAACGAACAUUUAUUCAUCCAUAGUAAUCUCAUAAAGAUGAAUUUGUACCGUGAAGGUUAGAGCUGGGACUAUAAAACAAUCAAUACCGAACCAACCAUUUUUAUCUAGGACAUUUGACUGAUAUUGACGAUAAGUAGCCUUUACUAGAGGAAUGUGUAGUUUGAAAAACUUAAUUAAGUCUGCUAAUAUGUGUUAUUUCUAACUGGAUAAUUGAUAGCUGCAACAUUCAAAGUAGUUUUAAGGAUAAUUGUGAUAAUUCAGUCAAUUUAUGGAUUUUUGUCCAUAUCGCCCAGCUCUAAUGAAGGUUCAUGUCAUCUUGUUAUCCCCAUCUGCAGAAUGGGAUAUCAACCCACUGUAACAGGCUACCAAGCUAAACACUUUGGACCGGGUAUAAUUGAAAAUAAAUUAAACUAACAAAAUGUAUCAACGCCUGCUUUCCAUUUUGUCUUUGUAAUUUAAUAAAACAGAGUUUAAAGGA